AUGGCUUCUGAAGCAGAGGCGUCUGAGAUUGCUUCGUUUUUUGAAAGGAUUGUGAGGGAGAGAGACCUGUCUCUGUUCGUGCCCUUCAUCUUGGGCCUGGCAAGCGCCACCCCGAGAACUGACCAGGAAAACCCAGAUCACGACAACCCAGAUCAAGAAAACCCUGGAAGGCCGACCGCGCAUGAAAGACUCAUUUUCAUCAACCCUUUCGCUCAGACUAUGAUGGUGGUCGAAGGCGAUUCUCUGCAAGAGUUGGGUAUGAAGGAUGGCCAGCCACCGGCCUCGAAAGCCUCCAUUGAUGGCAUGCCCUGUGUAAAGAUUGUUGAAGGUGAUGGUGGGUCCGAGUGUGUGAUCUGCUUGGAGCAGUUUGAGAUUGAUGGUGUGGCCAAAGAGAUGCCUUGCAAGCAUAGGUUUCACGGUGGUUGUAUAGAGAAGUGGUUGAAGAUUCAUGGGUCUUGCCCAGUUUGUCGGUAUAACAUGCCUGUUGAUGAGGAAGAGCCGGGGAAGAAGAGCGAUGGUGCGGACAGAGAGAGGAGGGUCGAGGGAGAGAUUAGGGUUAGCUUUUAUGUCCAAGAGAGCACGAGAGCAAGUGAGGAUUCUGAGCAAACACCUUCAGGUGAUUUUAAUGCCAGUGAUUCUUCUUCAAGCCCAGCAGCUGAUCAUGAUGAUAUGCAGAGUUAG